UUGCACCUUCUUCAAGCGGGAUUUGUAAAACCAUCCGUCGCAAGUGCUGCAGCUUUCUCAGUUAUUCUUGCCGUCCUGUGUCUCCUUACAACCUGCAUUUACAAUGCGUAUUUCCACAAGCUUGCCGCUUUCCCAGGACCGCUGUUAGGAGGAUGCAGUCUGAUCUGGCGAAUCUAUCAUUCUCAGACUGGCCGUUUUCACUACGCUAUUCAAGAGCAGCAUCGCAAACAUGGGCCUGUUGUCCGAGUUUCUCCCAAUGAGCUCUCCUUCGCCACGGUCGAAUCAUGGAAAGCAAUCUACGGCCACCGUGUCGCUGGCGCACCACCAGUGAUUAAAAGCGAAUUGUACGAUAUUUACGGUGCUGGCUUCAAAUCUCUAUGCAUCGGAAGUGAACGUGACCCUCAUAAGCACGGUCAAAUGCGCAAAAUGCUCUCGGCCGCCUUUUCCACGAAGAUGUUGCUGGAUCAAGAAGACAUUAUUACCAAGACAGUCGACGCUUUCGUCCAUCGCCUCGGAGAAGAUGGAUUCAAAUCGGAGGGUCUUAAUAUGACCAAGUGGUUUGAGAUGAUAGCAUUUGACUCGUUGGGCGAGAUGGCGUUUGGCGAGUCCUUUCACAGUGUUAAAGCUGGCAAGCCACAUAACUGGUCAGAAAUCAUAGUCAGCCAUCUCUACUUCAUCACCCUAGUCGACAAUCUUCGCCGCCUCCCUUUUGUGGCUAGGUUGAUCCGUGUUCUGUUCCCAUCUACUUUGGCUGUCCAAAACCAGAACUCGCAGUAUAGCCGUAAAAAGGUUGAAGAACGUCUAUCCAAAAAGUCAAACCGCAACGACUUUUUGUCCACCGUCGUGAAGAGCUAUGAAGUAGGGGCUGUUGAUAAAGAGGAAAUGGCAGCCCAUGUGUCAACGUUGACUUUCUUGAUGAGCGAAACUACUGCCACAUUUCUCGCCGCGGCGACGUAUUACUUGCUACGGAACCCAGUGUGCCUAUUGAAGCUCCAAGCCGAAAUCAAAAACAGAUUCUCUUCCGUCGAGGAGAUCAAUGCCACUGCAGCUCGGCAACUCCCCUAUUUGCAAGCAGUCAUCAACGAGGGCCUUAGGCUGUACGCACCGGGCUCUCAGGGGUUCCCAAGAUUGUCGCCAGGCAUGAAGGUUGGCGAUGUUAUGUUCCUGCUGGCCGAAGUCUUUACGCAUGCGUGGACCCUGACGCAUAGCGAACAGUACUUCUCUGACCCGAAAAGCUUCAAGCCCGAGCGCUGGCUGGAUGCGGAUUCCACCGACGUGCGAGAGGCUAGUCAGCCAUUCUCAAUGGGCCCCAGAGGUUUCUUGGGACAAAACUUCGCGUACAUGGAGAUCAACCUCAUUUUAGCCAAGAUGCUAUGGAAGUACAACUUGGACCUGGUCAAUAAAGAAGUUGAUUGGGAACAAGAAAGCCAGCUGCAUGUGAUGUGGUGGAAACCCGCACUUAUGGUCCGGUUUACUGAGAGGAAAGCUUGA